UCACUCUCAGCAUCUCAGUCCAGCUCUCUUGACCCAGAGCAGUUCUUUGCUUUUUCAGGAAACAAACGGGAUGAAAGUCCAGGGCUGGGACUUCCUCCUCAGGGUGUUUGACAAGGACUGACGUUCUCUAGGCCCUUUGCAUACGGGAAACCCAGGACACACCCAACCUUGAUUGUAGUUUCUUGAGUGCUGAAUGCUGGAACGUAAGUAAAAGGACAGAAGGACAAACGUUCCAAUAUGAGGGACCCACUGGCAGAUUGCUCGGGCAAACUUGGAGAUUAGCUAUGCCAAAGGACUUCAGAAACUGGCAGUCAAGUUCAGCAAAGUAUUACAGAGCACACAAAAAAAACCAGGUCUUGAGGAUUGGAGAGUUUAAGAAGAUGGCCCCAAUUACACAGAUAAUAAGCGGUAGAACUGGACUAAUCUGGUGCCCUUAUGACUCCUGAGCCUAUGUCACCGCAAACUGGCAGUGCCAUUGCAAAGACCUCUUUUGAUGGUGAAAGAGAGAGGGAAAGAAAGAAGAAGCCUUCUGGAUCUCACAUUCUUACUCCUCCUUAGGCAUCGUCUGUAACAGCAAAUAAUGGCUUUGAAAUUGUUUGACUUUGAGCUUGAUUUUUACUGUCUCGUCAGUGCCUGGGCCUGGGUCUCAGAGGGCAUGAAGUCAGCGGCGGACCUACAUCAAAAACUUGGCAAAGCAAUUGAGUUGGAAGCAAUAAAACCAACUCAUCAAGUCCUGAGUGUACAUGAAAAGAAGAGAAAAUCACUUGAUAAUGAAGUUGAAAACGCAGCGAAUCUUGUCAUUGGCAAUUGGAAUCAACAAAUCAAGGCCAAAAAAAAAUUAAUGGUUAGUACCAAGAAGCAUGAGGCACUCUCCCAUCUUGUAGAAAGCUCCAAGCAAACUGUGACUAAGAAGGAGAAGCAGAAGCUCCUCAGCAAACUGAAAAAAUCGACAGAGAAAUUGGCAAAAGAAGAUGAAAGCUACUACCAAAAAAACCUAGCUGGCUGUGCUGCCAGACUGAAGUGGGAAAAUACCCUGGAAAACUGCUACCAGAGUAUCCUGGAGCUGGAGAAGGAAAGAAUUAAACUUUUGUACAAUAACUUAAACCAGUACACUCAACAUAUUUCUGUUUUUGGCCAAACCCUGACCACGUGCCACACGCAGAUUCACUGUGCCAUCAGCAAGAUAGAUGUUGAAAAAGAUAUCCAGGCUCUCAUGGAAGAAACUGCAGUUUCGUCCACAGAAAAUAAAUCUGAGUUCCUAUUAACAGAUUACUUUGAAGAAGAUCGCAACAAUGCAAUGAAUAAAGAGCGACAAGAGUCUUCACUGAAAUCAAAACUGUUGAGACUGCAAAAAGAUAUCGAAAAAGCCUUAAGAGACCGGGAAGGCCUGGAACGGAUGCUGAAAUCCUACUCCAAGGACUCCACCUUCCCAGAUGCAGAGAGCCAAAAAAUCACAGCAGCCUUGAUGGAUGAGACCAAUCUGAAACUAGAUCUUUUGCAAGCAAACUCCUACAAACUGGCAUCGGUGUUAGCAGAACUUGAGCAAAGACCUCAGCCCAGCCAUCCCUGUAGUAACUCCAUCUUCAGGUGGAAAGAAAAGCAACAGACACAUAGUUAUGUAAAAAUAUCCCGGCCUUUUCUGAUGAAGAGAUUAGAGAACGUUGUGAGCAAAAUAUCUUCUGGGGGGCAGAGACUCCCAAGUUCUUCAUCAACAGCCUCCGGUGUGGUCCAGAUUGGCAGUGGUCUUUGCAAGGCUUUAUAUUCUUUUCAAGCCAGACAAGAUGAUGAAUUAAACUUGGAGAAAGGCGACAUUGUGACUAUAUACAGGAAGCAAGAAGAAGGAUGGUGGUUUGGAUCUGUGAACGGAAAAAGGGGCCAUUUUCCUGCUGCUUACGUGGAGGAGCUCCCUUGGGAUGCCGGGAGCCCGGCCACCCAGGCCUGAGACAAGAGUCCGACCAUACCGCCCCCCUCAGUAACCCGUACAGUGCACUGAAAAUAAAGAUAAAUGCUGUCACCUUUACAGUA